AGGGUUUUGUUUGUUUGUUUGUAGGUGUCCUUUUUCAAAUUAAUGGCCCUUUUCAAAUGAACAAGGUGCCUUUCUACCCAAUUUUCAAUUUGUAAAUGUUGAGUUUUUAAGAGUGAUUUUUGCAUUAUACUGAGAUAAUUAUGUUUUUUCUUCUUUACUCUCCAAAUGUGAUGACUUAUAAAAUAAUAGUAAUAUUUGUAAUAUUAAAUCAAUGUUCCAUUCCUCGGAUUAAGUACUAGUAUAAUAUGUUACCUUUUAUAUACAUCAACUGGAUCCUAUUUACUCAUUACUUUUUAAAGCAAUUUACAUCUAUGUUCAAAAGUGGUUUGGCUAGUAUUCCUUCUUUUAUAUUCUGGAGUAGAUUUUUUGGAAGAUUUAAUUACUUGUUCUGUGAGUGUUUGGAAGAAUUCAUCUGUAAAGCCAUCUGUGUUUGGUACUUUGUGGGGGAGAUUUUAAAUCUCUGAUUCAAUCAAAACUAUGAGAUUAUUCAUAUUUUCCAUUUUUUUUGAGUCAAGUUUCCUCACUCUCAUUCUCUCUCUUCCUUCAUGUCUCUUAACUUCUUUUUUGUAUAUUCCAUCUCUCUGGGCUAUGUUUCUGGAUUAAUAAGUUCACUAAUUCUCUCUUUUUUUUUUUUUAGGGUAACUGACAAAAGCAGUUUUAGUGGAAUGAGUCUGAAUUGAUUAAUCUGGGUUGAUGCUGUAACGAGCAAUGAAGCAAUGGAGAGUUCCACUAUAACUCAGUAUGGAACCUUUGUUAUGAAGGGAGCUGAGAAAUAAGAGAAGGAGUUGUGGAAGAGUUUUGUUUUAAGAUGAGCAAUACUAAGGCAUGUUUGAGUAUCGAUGGGGGUGAUCUACCACAGAAGCAAAAUUUGAUGAUGAGAAGGGAUGAUGAAAAGAAGGGAUAAUUUAGGAGUGAAAUCACUGAGAAAAUAAGGAACUAGGGCCAAAUUGUUCAGUUCUGUGCUCCAUUUGGUUUUUUGCAACACCACUUUAAAAGAUUAGUUAAAUGGACUUCUCUUUUUAACCAUGAGAUGAGCAUACAGUCAGUUUAAUAAGUAUUGUUCGUGUAUCCAUUCUCUUAAGCCACAAAUAUUCUAUUUGUCUUGUAUGCCCAAGUCACUGUGGUAGACUCUGGAAACAACAAAAUAAACAUGACCCGUGCACUCAUGAAACUUGUAUCAUGGCAGUGGUGGUGCUGUGUGGAUAUGAUGCAGACAAAGGACUUGGAAGGGAAGGUAUAGGAUUUAUGAGAGCAUUUAACAGGGACCUUAACCUCUUAACUUUAUUCUAGAAGAUUAAAGAAGCAACAAAAUGAUUCCCAAAGAAAGAGUAAUUAGCCAAACAAAUUCUGGGAGAGCACUGCAAGAAGAGAGAAGAGCAUAGGUGAAGGUCCAGUAGGAAACUUGCAUGGGUUUAGGAACGGAAGGAAGACUGGAACUGAAUGACUAAAGGCAAGAACUUUGGAGGGAUAGCAGGUGCUAUACAGCAUAGAAUCCUAAGAAUUUUAGACCAUCCCGAGAGCAUCAGGGAAGCACUGAAGGGACUUAAGCAGAAAAGUGACAGAAGCCAUUUUCAUACUGUUUCUGUUGUAAAGGUGUACUCAUGUGGCUACUAGAGCUGGAUGCCAUUAAACCUUAGAGUCAUACGGUUAACUGCCUUUCUUAACAAUUAUUUACUUGUCCAUCAGUCAGACAUGGUUUCCUCAGUCAGACAGAGUGGAAGUUUCCUUGGAAAUUUUAUCAUAAUGUUCUUCUGCUCUGAGUGUGUGUGUAUGAGAGUAGGGAAUGGGGAGAGAUACAGACAGAAACAGAGACGGAGUUAGAGACAUCGACCUAGUAGUCAGGAUACUAUUUUAAAAUUUUAACUAAUAGAGCAAUGAGAAUAUUAACUAAUUCUACUUAGCAUGUUAAUAAUUUAUACAUCAUACAGAAAUUCUUAAAUUUUUAGACAUUUAAUUCUUAGAUAUUCUUAAACAUCUUUUGCAACUAGCUAUUUUUGAGUUAUUUUAUAACUUUUUUUUCAUUUAUUUUUAUUAGUUGGAGGCUAAUUACUUUACAAUAUUGUAGUGGUUUUUGCCAUACAUUGACAUGAAUCAGCCAUGGAUUUAUAUGUGUUCCCCAUCCCGAUCCUCCCUCCCGCCUCCCUCUCCAUCGCAUCCCUCUGGGUCUUCCCAGUGCACCAGCCCUGAGCACUUGUCUCAUGCAUCCAACCUGGGCUGGUGAUCUGUUUCACCCUUGGUAGUAUACUUGUUUCAAUGCUAUUCUCUCAGAACAUUCCACCCUCGCCUUCUCCCACAGAGUCCAGAAGUCUGUUCUGUACAUCUGUGUCUCUUUUUCUGUUUUGCAUAUAGGGUUAUCAUUACCAUCUUUUAUUUUAUAACUUUUAAGUAAUCCUGACAGAGUUGGGUAAGGGUUUGUUUUAAUCCCUAGGUUUUUAACCUUAACAUAAAGAAAAUUGUUAUUUUAUUCUUAUUUCUCUUUUUAUCAUAAAUAUCAGAAUGUACUAUAUAUGUUUUCAGCUUCUUUAGAGAUUAUUCAUAUUCGGAGUUGGCAUUUUGACUAGUUUAAUUUAUCUUGAUCCUUAGAUUCUAUAUUUAAUCAACAUCUAACACUAUGCCUUGCACAUAGUAGGCACUCAAAAAACAUGUCCAGUGAAUCAAGGUAUAUGAUAUGGUGCUCUUAAUUAUAUUUCAUAAAAGUUUCCUUUCUUAACUCCUCCCUUUUACCACAAAUAUAUUGCCCUUUUUCUAUAUUCCUUUUCUUUCUGGCUUCAUAGUCUUCAGUAUUCUGUUCUAAUGUUAUUGUUUUGCUGUUUUCUCUUUCUUGAACUUCUUGGAAAGUUUAAUGACCCUCAGUCUUUUUCUGAGCCUCAUAUACUUGCUAUUUUGUAUUUGCCUACUUUCUCUUAGAAAAUGUCUCUCCUCCCCUUCUCUUUUGAUCUAUCUUAAUUUCUAUUGAAAAAAACGUCUUCGAGGUUGUUUAUUGUUUUUGUCUUUUUCACUUUUUACAUUGUGGUUUUCCCAUCCUGAGCAACUAUUUAGUUGUUACUUUGUAAAUAAUAAACAUAAUUUUAUGUAUUCUGUGUUUUUAGUCUAUUGAAGACAAUGAAGUAUAUUUGCCUAAUGAUGAGAUUUGGACCUAUGAUAUUGAUAGUGGGUUGUGGACAAUGCACCUCAUGGAAGGAGAACUGCCUACCUCCAUGUCAGGAAGCUGCGGUGCUUGCAUUAAUGGAAAGCUGUACGUUUUUGGAGGAUAUGAUGACAAAGGAUACAGCAAUCGAAUUAAUAUAUUUUGGUGGCUAUGGGUGUAGGAGACAUAAUGAACUCCAAGAUUGUUUUGAUGUUCAUGAUGCAUCUUGGGUACGUCCGCCAGAACUAUUCAUAGCUCAGACUGGCUUCUGUAUGACAGAAGAGCAGAUAUUCUGGGGAUGGCAUAAUGAUGUUCACAUAUUUGACACAAAGACACAGAGUUGGCUUCAACCCGAAAUUAAAGGUGGCAUUCCACCACAGCCACGAGCCGCGCAUACAUGUGCAGUUCUUGGAAAUAAGGGCUAUGUCUUUGGCGGACGUGUUUUGCAAACUAGGAUGAAUGAUUUGCACUAUCUAAACUUAGAUACCUGGACCUGGUCUGGAAGGAUUCCUAUUAAUGGAGAAAACCCUAAACAUCGGUCAUGGCAUACUUUAACACCAAUAGCUGAUGAUACUCUUUUCCUGUUUGGUGGACUAAGUGCAGACAAUAUUCCAUUAAGUGAUGGUUGGAUUCAUAAUGUCAUAACAAAUUGUUGGAAACAGCUUACACAUUUACCGAAAACAAAACCCAGGUUAUGGCACACAGCCUGUUUGGGAAAAGAAAAUGAAAUAAUGGUAUUUGGUGGGAGCAAAGAUGAUUUACUUUCCUUGGAUACAGGUCAUUGUAAUGAUUUAUUGAUCUUUCAAACACAGCCUUAUUCAUUACUCAGGUCAUGCCUUGACUGCAUUGGUAAAAAUGCUAUAAUUUUAGAAAGUCAGAUAUCUUUAUUACCUCCUAAACUUCUCCAACAAGUACUCAAAAAAAUAACAUUUUGGACUGCAGCUAAUCACCGGGAAGAACAAAGAGCCCAAAAAGAAGAAACAGAAAAUAAAUAUCAGUGGAUCAGUAGCAAUUAAGUUGUUAUAUAUGCUAUAUGUUUAAUAUGUUUAAACAUUUUAAUCAGACUGUAUAUUUACCCCCCAAAUUGGAGGCUUUAUUUAGAAGAUAAAAUCUGAAACAGAAAUUCUAUGUUAAAGUGAUUGUAUGGCAUGAGAUAUGUGAAAAGAAGAUGUUAAUGGCAGAUUAAUUUAUAUUUAUAUUUGUAAAUUAAUUUAAUUGUAAGUUGCAGAAAAAAUCUACUUUCUGAAAGUAAGUACAAUUGUCAGAGAUUUUAACUCACUGUGUCCUCUUUACAGGAAAGAUUAUACAAAUUUGAGAAGAAUUAAGAAAUUAUACCCAAGGACUUAGGGAUUCUCCAACAUAAAGACAAACAGAUAUAUAAAAACACCUCAUGUCAGCUUUCAGAAAGAAUAGAUUUUUCUCAAGUCACUUUAAAGUCACCUAAAGUUUCCCAUUAAAUAAUUCAGUUAUUUAAAGAACUUCUCCUUAAAUAACUAAUGUAGCUGGCCAAAAUGAGAAAAUAGGCAGGCACUGGUAUGGGAUUAAAUAUUGAACUCCUUUUAGCAUUUAUCUAGUAAAGUAUUCUUGGUCAUCUUUAUUUGAGUAGGGAAAUGAAUGUCUUCGUUGUCUUUCUGUUACCUCUAAGUUGUUAGAUUGUCCCAUUUUCUCUGUAUAUAUAAAGACAAUGUUUGAAAGUGUUACAGUGGAGAUUUAUCAUACAGGGUUUGACAUACUGAGAGGCAGCAUAGUUAUUAACUUUUUAGACACCUUAAAAUACAUUUUGUCUUGGGGGCGUACUUCUAAAAAGUAACCUUCAGUGAAUUAUGAAAUGGGAUGAUAACCUAGUAAUUUAUCUUUCUAGAAACUCAUUUUGGCCCACACCGUUCUACAGAGUUGGUGCUCAAGACCCAGGUUAUUCAAAAUGUUAUCUUACCAUUUGUUUUCAGUAUUAACUCCCUAUAAAGAAAUGGAACAUGAAUAUUUAUCUUUGUAGUCCUUAAAUAGUACUUUUUCCAUAAUUAAGAAGUUUUUCAUAUAUCACAGUCAUAUCCAUCCAUUAAAUUACUAAUAACAAGGAAUUGCUGAAAACUCGGUAUAUAAAAUUUCUCUCUACCAUACUACCAUGCAAGUUGGCUCUGCAAUUUAAAAUGUUAGAGUAAAUGUAUUUCUAUAUUGAAGUAUAUGUGUAAUUUAUAAUGAAAAUUACAGUAGUUUGUAGAUCUUCUUAAAUUUUAGAGAUAUAUUUUAUAUAUAUAUAUAUAUAUGUACUGUAUUUUGGAUGUGUAAAACUUCUAUUUAUGUAUUGAAAUAUUUUGUGUUUGCAUUUUAUUUAUUAUACAAACUAUAUAGAAUUACUAUUUUCCUAGUUUUGUUAGUGUGAACCAGUCAUUAGAAUUGUGCAGAUGAUACUUCAGCAUAAGUUUUCAUUUCUGCUUACUAUUUUUAGGCUGAAUAACAGAUUUAGAAAGUGAGUCUCACAGGUAAUACAGGUCUUAGAAGUAAUUAUUUUAUUACUAUGAACUUUAGUAUCAGCAGUCUAUAAGGAAAAACUAUCUAAAUAUAUUAGAUAGUGAUAGACGACACAGUGGGAUGACCUCUUUUUAAAUGGCUUCUGAAUUAUUUCAGUACCUUCUCUAGCCUCUUAGAAAAGUACUUCUGUUUAUAAACAGUUUACCUAAACAUUAAAAGUUAGAUUAGCCCCUCAAAACACACACACUUGAGUAAGGCUUUAAGAGAAUGAAAAUCUAUGUAUUAUCUUUGGCACACAAAUCUGGUGCUCUUCUUAUUUGACUGAUUAUGCUGUACUACUUCAAAAAGUUAUGUUCUGAGCUAGCCCCAUGUUAGGAGUGGCAGGGAAUUCUAAUCUGAACUUCAGUUUCCAAAACUUGCCUUAAAUCAGGGCUUCCCUGCUACUAAGAGAUGUAAAGAUUCUGGGAGCUGGCAGAACCAGUUUUGAAAAUCCCUAGUCAAGCAGUCUUCAUUCCUCAUUUCUUACCUCUGUAUGGUUUACUGUCAACUCUUUUGUUGUUGACCUGUGCUGUGUAUAGGAGCCCAAGGCAACAUCAGCCUCAUAACUUUAUUUUUUUUUUUCUUCAGCCUCACAACUUUUAACCCUCCCUUAUGGGUUCUCUGUUUGAAAGAUGGGUCUAGAGGGUUGACUUUUUUCUUUUUCCAGGUGGUUCACAAAAUAGGUUUCCAGUCUGAUUCUCAAGAAAAAAGAAUUUCUGGCCAUCUUUAUUAUGUGUAUCAGAAUAUUCUUCCAGUUGUCAGGAAGGAUUCUUUUGAGGUAUUAUCAUUUUUAGAAUGAUACAGUAAAUGGCAUAUCAAAAUUAGUAGUAUCUUUUCCAAGUAGUAUCUUUGCAAAAACACCUUUAAAAAUUAUUAGCCUCUUGACAGAAGCUUAAAAAUAUUCUUUAGAACUUCAUGCUGCCAACCCAGAAACAAAGUGAUGUUUCAUAAAUACAUUAUUUAUAUGUAUGUAUGUGUGAGAGAGAAAUAAUAUAAACUCACUAAAGUAGAAUAAUUUUCGUGGUAGUACAUAUUGUUUGAAAAAGUAAAAUUUUGAUUUCAGAACACUUCAAAGGAAAAGAAGCAGUUUUAAGAAUUCCCAUUUUUUGGUGCCUGUUUUUCCAUUGUAUUAAUAUUGUGAUUCUAUUGGAAUUUCCAGCUCGAUGGAGUUACCAUGUGGUCCAGCACGUGGGUACAGCAAGAACAUUUUCUAAAUCACCCAUGUAAUGGACUGAAUGUUUAUAUCCCCACAAAAUUCAUAUAUUGAAACCCUAAUCCCCAAGUGUGAUGAUUUUUGGAGGUGGGGUAUUUGGGAGGUAAUUAGGUUAAGAUGAGGUCAUGAGGGUGGGGACCGGGGAUGGAUUAGUGGAAGAGACCAGAGCUCUCCUUCUAUGUCCCUUCCCUAUGAGAAGGCAGCCCACUGCCAGGCAGGAGGGCCCACAGUAAGUACCAAGUCUGUCUGUACCUUGAUCUCAGACUUCCUAGCCUCUAGAACUGUGAGAAAUAAAUGUUGUUUAAGCCAUCCAGUCUGUGGUAUUUUGUUAUAUUUGCCUGAGCUAAGACAAACCUGAAGUCCACAGUUUAUGUUGGGGUUCAUUCUUGGUGGUGUAUGUUUUAUAGGCUUAGACAAAUGUGUAGUAACAUUUAUCUACCUUUAUAGUAACAUAGAAACUAAGCACUGCUCUAAAAAUCCUCUGUGUUCUGCCCAUUUAUUCCUCCCUCCCCACUAAGCCCUGGCAACCAUAGAUAUCUUACUGUUUUCAUAUUUUUGCCUUUUUCAUGUUAUACAGUUAGAAUUAUACAGUAUGUACGUUUUUUAGAUUGGCUUAUUUCAUUAGUAAUAUGCAUUUGGGCUCCCCUGGUAGUUCAGAUGGUAAAGAAUCUGCCUGCAAUGUGGGAGAUACGCGUUCAAUCUCUGAGUCAGGAAGAUCCCCUGGAGAAGGAAAUGGCAACCUACUCCAGUAUUCUUGCCUGGAAAAUCCCAUGGACAGAGGAGCCUGGCUGGCUACGGUUCAUAGGGUUGCAGAGCCGGACACGACUGAGCAACUAACACACAAUAUGCAUUUAAGUUUCCUCCAUGUCUUCUCAUGGCUUGAAAAAAAUGGCUCAUUUU